CAGCACCAGAAGUGAUCCGGAAAACGGGCCAAGAUCUGUGCUAUAAAUGCACAAAAUAUGCAUUAAUAAUGCGAACAAAAUAUCCAUACAAAAAGCGAAUAUUUCAAAUCGACCAAAUAUAAAGAUAGUAUGGUGUUUUACAUUUGGCUGAAGCUAUGGAUAUCUGGAUUUUUGAAAAAUAAAGCUAAUUUAUUUUUUUCCGAAUUUUGCAAAGGUUGUUUAGGAAAAUAGCACAAAAUUUCUACCAAAAUAAUUACUGAACGCCUCAAGAUGAUGCUGGGCCGUAAGCAAAGCCUCAAAGGCGAGCCCGUUUUGGCCGAUUAUGGCCCUGACGAAGCUUUCAACGAGAGUGCGGACAUCGACUGGGUAAAUAAGAGAUGGGUUCGUCGCAUAAUGAGAACUUGUGCACUUUUAAGCUUGGCCUCGGUUUGCAGCAACACCCCAAAAACGUUCCAAAUUUUCCCUUUUAUGCAAACCGCCACCAUCUCCGUCGAUUCUUCUGUAACUCUUCUCUUUACGGCCGAAAUGAUUGCGAAAAUGCACAUCAGAGGCAUCCUCAAGGGCGAAAAAUCCUACUUAAAAGAUCAUUGGUGUCAAUUCGACGCUAGCAUGGUGUUUUUCCUUUGGUUAUCAGUUAUUUUACAAAUUUUUGAGAUAUUAGGAAUUGUUCCUGCAGCUUCUUACAUUUCAAUCAUACGAGCACCCCGACCUUUAAUAGUAAUCAGAUUUUUACGAGUAUUUCUUAAGUUUUCAAUGCCUAAAUCCAGAAUAAAUCAGAUAUUCAAGCGAUCGAGUCAACAAAUCUACAACGUGACGUUGUUUUUUCUGUUUUUUAUGUCGCUUUAUGGACUUUUAGGGGUGCAAUUUUUUGGCGAACUCAAAAAUCAUUGCGUCAUAAAUUCAACUAAAUCACCUGAAGAAGUUACCAUAAACAGCCUGGCAAUUCCUGACACUUUUUGUUCUCUGGAUCCAAGAUCUGGAUAUCAAUGCCCCCAGGGAAUGAAAUGCAUGAAAAUGGAAGGAGUAUCUCGAUAUAUUAUUGGAUUUAAUGGAUUUGAUGAAUUCGUUACAAGUUUUUUCACAGUCUAUCAGGCAGCAUCUCAAGAAGGUUGGGUUUUCAUUAUGUAUCGAGCAAUAGAUUCUUUACCUCCCUGGAUGGCCGUAUCAUAUUUUAGUACUUUGAUUUUCUUUCUGGCUUGGCUGGUGAAGAACGUUUUCAUUGCAGUCAUCACAGAAACUUUUAACGAAAUCAGGGUUCAGUUUCAGCAAAUGUGGGGAAUCAGAGGCCACAUUAGCAACAGCUCAGCUUCACAAAUUCUUAUGGGUGACGAUCGAGGUUGGAAACUUGUAACAUUGGACGAUAACAAACACGGUGGCGCAGCUCCGGAAUUUUGUCAAAAAGUCCUCCAAAGUCCCUAUUUCCGUAGCCUAGUGAUGGGCAUCAUACUGGCUAAUGCUGUAGUAACGGCUUCGAUGAGUUUCAAGCACAACACAAAGCCGAGAAAAGUGUUUUACGAAAAACAUUAUUUUUUAGAGUUGGGCUUCACUGCUUUGAUGAAUUUGGAAGUUAUGUUUAAAAUUUGGUGUCUGGGAUGGAGAGGCUAUUGGAAACAUUCGAUUCAUAAGUUCGAAAUGCUAUGCGCUAUUGGAACUACCAUUCAUAUCAUUCCCGGUUGUUACAUGACUGGAUUCACAUUCUUCCAAGUCCUCCGUGUAGUGCGUCUAAUUAAAGCCUCGCCUUUACUUGAAGACUUUGUCUACAAAAUUUUUGGUCCAGGCAAAAAACUAGGAAGUCUCAUCAUCUUCACCAUGUGCUUGUUAAUAAUUUCCUCCAGCGUAUCAAUGCAGUUAUUUUGCUUUUUGGAUUUCACCAAGUUUGAAACUUUUUCCGAAGCCUUUAUGUCUAUGUUCCAAAUCUUGACUCAAGAAGCAUGGGUUGAAGUUAUGGAUGAAACGAUGUUUAGGACCCCGUCUAUGAUUGCCCCAUUGGUGGCAUUUUAUUUUAUUAUGUAUCAUUUGUUUGUUACUUUGAUUGUGUUGAGUUUGUUCGUAGCAGUAAUCUUGGACAAUUUGGAAUUAGAUGAAGACAUAAAAAAAUUGAAGCAACUGAAAUAUAGAGAACAAAGUGCAGAAAUCAAGGAAACUUUACCUUUCAGGCUGAGAAUAUUUGAAAAGUUUCCUGACAGUCCUUUGAUGGUAACUUUGCAUCGGAUUCCUUCAGAUUUUAAUCUUCCAAAGGUGCGAGAGAGUUUCAUGAGACAAUUUGUCUACGAAACUGAAGACGAAGAAAAUGCCGAAACUGGUAUCAAAAGAUUAACAGCCGAAGAAAUGUUUGAUUCUAAAAUAGUGUAUAGAAAACAACGUCCUCUGAAUAUUUUGAAUAAACUACCCAAAGUGAGAAGUGUGAAUAUUAAGUUAAAGAAAACCACAGUGUCUCAUAUUAUAAGUGAUUCCAACAAUCAAAGGCUCAUGCUGGGAGAUUCGUCCAUCAUCCCGGUACCAGGAAGCAAGGGUCCGUUAAAACCGCAGGGCACUGUGAAUAGCGUCAAACAGUUACGUAUUGAUCACAAGAAGUUUGGUUCUAGAUCAAUAAGACGAUCAGUGAGAUCAGGUUCCAUAAAACUCAAGCAAACCUACGAACAUUUAAUGGAAAAUGGAGAUAUUGGGGUCAACAGAGUAACAUCUAAUCGAGCUAGGCCUCAUGAUUUGGAUAUUAAACUUUUACAAGCGAAAAGACAACAGGCGGAAAUGAGAAGAAAUCAACGUGAAGAAGAUUUACGCGAAAAUCACCCAUUUUUUGAUACACCUUUGUUUGCUGUGCCAAGGGAGAGCCGAUUCAGAAAGUUUUGUCAACUGAUUGUAUACGCAAGAUAUGAUGCCAGACUGAAAGAUCCACUUACUGGAAAAGAAAGGAAAGUACAAUACAAAACCCUUCAUAAUUUUUUGGGUUUGGUCACGUACUUAGACUGGGUUAUGAUAGCUAUGACAACACUUUCCUGCCUAUCAAUGAUGUUCGAAACACCUCAUUACAGAGUAAUGGAAAAUCCUAGUCUCCAAGUGGCUGAAUAUGGAUUCGUAAUUUUCAUGAGCAUGGAACUGGCAUUGAAAAUUUUAGCUGAUGGACUAUUUUUCACCCCUAAAGCUUACGUUAAAGAUGUUGCUGCAGUUUUGGAUGUUUUCAUUUAUCUUGUAAGCUUGACAUUUUUGUGUUGGAUGCCUCAAAGUGUACCACCCAAUUCUGGAGCUCAACUACUCAUGAUUUUGCGUUGCUUGAGGCCUCUCAGGAUUUUCACUUUGGUUCCUCAUAUGAGUAAAGUUGUUUACGAGUUGUGUAGAGGUUUCAAGGAAAUCUUGUUGGUAUCUACGUUAUUGAUAUUGUUGAUUUUUAUUUUUGCUAGCUAUGGAGUUCAGUUGUAUGGUGGUAGAUUAGCACGUUGUAAUGAUCCUAACAUCACCAGAAGAGAGGAUUGUCAUGGUAUAUUUUGGAGACGAGUGUUCGUUACCAAAAUGAAAGUUCAACCAGGAGAAAAUGAAACUUAUCCACAGAUUUUAGUUCCUAGAGUUUGGGCCAAUCCUCGGAGAUUCAAUUUCGAUAAUAUCGGCGAUGCAAUGUUGACAUUAUUUGAAGUACUUUCCUUUAAAGGUUGGUUAGAUGUGAGGGAUAUUUUAAUAAAAUCACUUGGCCCGGUUCAUGCUAUCUACAUCCACAUCUACAUUUUCCUAGGUUGUAUGAUAGGACUUACUUUAUUUGUCGGUGUGGUGAUUGCAAAUUACUCGGAAAACAAAGGUACUGCCCUUUUGACUGUAGACCAAAGAAGAUGGUGCGACUUGAAAAAAAGACUAAAAAUUGCUCAGCCUUUACAUCUACCUCCUAGACCUGAUGGGAAGAAGUUUAGGGCUUUUAUUUAUGAUAUUACGCAAAAUUUGAAAUUCAAAAGGAGUAUUGCUAUAUUGGUCUUAAUCAAUUCUGCUCUGUUGAGUGUAACGUGGGAAAAAGAUGAUUCCACAACAGACACUUUGGUUACCAUUUCCAUGAUGUGCACUCUUAUAUUUCUGGUAGAAGUUAUCAUGAAAAAUAUCGCUUUCACUCCGAGAGGCUAUUUGCAAUCCAGAAGAAACCGUUACGAUUUAUUUGUGACUGUUGUCGGAGUUAUAUGGACAUUUUUCCAUAUUAUGUUCAAGAAUGACCUAACAUACUUCAUUGGUUUCAUGGUUGUAGUACUAAGAUUUUUCACUAUAACCGGAAAACAUGCAACACUAAAAAUGCUCAUGUUAACCGUUGGAGUUUCAGUAUGUAAAAGUUUCUUCAUUAUUUUCGGAAUGUUUUUGCUCGUUUUCUUUUAUGCAUUGGCGGGUACCAUUUUGUUUGGUACCGUAAAGUAUGGAGAAGGAAUAGGGCGGAGAGCAAACUUUCAAUCUCCCGUUACUGGUGUUGCUAUGUUAUUCCGAAUAGUUACAGGUGAAGACUGGAAUAAAAUAAUGCACGACUGUAUGAUACAGCCUCCAUAUUGCACUCCAGCUGCUAAUUAUUGGGAAACAGAUUGCGGCAAUUUUAUGGGAUCCCUUAUCUACUUUUGUACAUUUUAUGUAAUUAUUACUUAUAUCGUUUUGAAUUUACUUGUGGCUAUUAUCAUGGAGAACUUUUCAUUAUUUUAUUCUAAUGAAGAAGACGCUUUGCUGUCUUAUGCUGAUAUAAGAAAUUUCCAAAAUACCUGGAAUAUUGUGGAUAUACAUCAAAGGGGCGUUAUUCCAGUGAAAAGGGUAAAGUUUAUUCUACGCCUUUUAAAAGGCAGACUAGAAGUUGAUCCUCAAAAAGAUCGAGUUUUGUUCAAACACAUGUGUUACGAACUGGACAGAUUGCACAAUGGAGAAGAUGUCACCUUCCAUGACGUUAUAAAUAUGUUAUCCUAUAGAAGCGUAGAUAUAAGAAAAGCUUUGCAACUAGAAGAACUUUUAGCAAGAGAAGAAUUUGAAUAUAUUAUAGAAGAAGAAGUGGCCAAGCAAACUAUAAGAACUUGGUUAGAGGGUUGCCUGAAAAAAAUUAGAUCAACAAACAAGCAACAAAAUAGUCUUAUAGCAGGACUUAGAGCAACAAAUGAAGCCCUAACGACUGCAGAGCAACUAGAAGAAAUGAAGAAUUCCAAACCAGCCGAAAAAGACCUGGAAAACAAUCAAGAAUCUAAAGAAAACGAACCACCACCAGUAGUUAAAAAGCAAAAAAUGGUUACUUUGCCAAGGUCUGAUAGUAUUGGCAGUACUUCUGGUCGCAAAUACUUGGCACCGACCCUCUCAGAUCCUUCAGCUAGACAAGAAAGAGAAAAAGUGCAACAAACCAAAAAGAAGGCUAAUACUGUAAGACCGAAUCCUACAGUCAGUAAAAAUAUAGUACAUUUGAAUGACAGUGAGCAAAAUAAAAUGCCGAGAGAAGUUCAAAACAAUAAAACUUCGGUGCCAAAACCAACAAAUGCACUGCAAGAAAUCAAAGAUUGGUGGAAUGAUCAACUAGCAUACCAAUCAUCUAGUGAGGAAGAAUAAAAUUUAUUUAUAAUACACAACAUACCUACAGUAUUUUUUGUAACUUUUACUUGUUAAUAACAAAACAUCUUUUUUUUUUUUUAUUUCUGUUAAAAUUCAAAUGAUGAAUAAAAAUGUUGUACUGUGAUCAACAAAAUAGCGGUGUUAAAAUUUUAAUGUAGAUCAAUUAGGGGAAAAUUGCCUAUCUGUGCGUAAGACAAAAAGUAGGUACCUACUUUAAUGACCGAUGUAAACAAGAAACUUAUAAGACGUAAUACAACUUACCAUAUUAUAUAAUUGGUUUUUGGAAUUUUUUUUAUUGGUUGCCUUACAAAUAUGUACCUAUCUAGUUAGUGGAUAGAUAUUAAUAGAGGUGCUGGUUAUAUCAAAAAACUAUUUAUAUAAGAAAAUUAUAUAUGGGAUUAUAUACUAGGAAAUUUGCUUAUUUCAAUUCCCUCUCGUAAAAUUACGAUUGAUCUGAGUAAUAGGCUGCUGCUAAAAAAAUAUUACCUGCAAUAAUAAUGAGAUUUUUCAAUUCAAAUUAAAUUUCAUCCAUGUGUAAUUUUUCUGAGCAAGUUAAACAUUACCUACUCCAAAAAUAUAUCAUUAUUACAUACAAAUGCCUUAUGAUUAUCUAUUUUGUACCUAUUAUUUUAUUACCAAAAUGCUUAGCAAUUUUUUAUGUAAAUUAUACAAUUUAGAAUCUUUCUAAAGGAAAUUGAGUUUCGUGUAGUAGAAACGGAAACGUUU